CGCCGCCACUCGGCGACUCCCCUCAGUUUCGGGCAAGAUGGGCGCACCUCGCCGGGCAGUAGCUUAGUCUCUACCUACAAGACAACACACACACUAAACUGUUUCCUAUAGUAACUAUUAACCAAUUGUAUAUUAAUCUUAUUUAAGGGAAACACACGAGAAGAGACACACACACGUACCACUACGGACAACACAGACGCACUUUGCAUACGCUCCAGAAACCACACACGCAAGCUCUAUUUUUGUAAUAAAAUAACGCGCCGUAUAAAAAAUUUGUAAGUAGUGUGUCGGCUGUGUAAUUUCUACGACCGUUGACGCGGAAGAAAAAGAGAAAGCAUUCUCCCGGUUCUUACGCUGGAAGAAAGAAGAGGAAGAACGAGUGUAAAAAAAAAUCACACACACACAUACAUACACACAUACAGACACACAUUUAGAGAAGAGGAGUACGGUACAUGUGUGUGCGCGCGGUCUGCGGUGAAAUAAUUCCUAGAGAGAGAUACAUAACGAGGAGAGAGAGAGGACCGGACGACGAGCAUCAUCGUCGAGGAUCGCUCUCGGGGAAGGCCUCCGCUCGGCGACGUCAGGAGUGGUGGCCAAGCGGUAGCAGCGGCCGAUAAGCGGCGGCGGCUUUUCCUGCAAGACAAGUUCUCCGAUCAGUGUCGCCGGUGAGCGAGAGAACUCGUCGAGUGACGACUUUGGUCGGACGGAGGCGCCGACGAAGACGACGUGGGCGAGAAGAGGAGGCUGCUGUCGCGGGAGGUGGUGGAGGAGGAGGAGGAGGAGGUGAAGGAACCGGAGUGGCGGCGCUAAAGCGACCGGCUGACGGUGGUGGUUUUUAGGCUGCGCAGCGUCGCGCCGGCGUAUUAUUGUUAUUAUUGUUAUUAUCAUCGCGACUGCAGCUGUAUCGUCCGUUCGACGAACACCACCGGUACUGAUAGUGAUACUACACGACGACGAGCUACACACAAGGCCGCUAUCAUGUCCGUGAGAAUGGAAAACGUGCCCGCGCGGAAGAUAAAUUAUAAAAUGAUGAAUACAAACGGUCCGAGACCGACGUACGUGGGCGCCAACAACGGUAACGCGGGCGGCGCCGGCGGUGGCGGCGGCGGCGGCGGUGGUAGUGGCGGCGGCGGCGGCGCCGCAAACACUGGCGGCGUCGGCGUGGGACCCGCGAGCGGCGCGGGCGGCGGCGGCGGUGGCGGCGGUGGCGGUGGCGGCGGCGGCCACGGAUUGAAGGGCAACACGGGUGGCGGGCCGCGCGGUGGCAAUCCGGUGCAGUAUCGCGCGAGUGGUGGCGGAGGCGGCGGAGGAGGUGGCGGCGGCGGUGCGGCCGCUUGGAGCACGGCGCCGUCUCAUGCGGCCGCGGCGGCAGCGGCGGCGGCUCCUUAUCCGCCUUACACGCGAUAUCCUAGCGCGGCGGCGGCAGCGGCGGCGGCGGCCGCCGCCGCGGUCGGCGGUGGUCCUCAACAGCUGCCAGCUUCCGCGAAUCCCUUCGUCACCGCCACGUACGCGCAACACGCGACGUAUGGUGGACAGCGGGUGCCUACAGCUUCAUCUCCGGCGAAUACUAACAGCAGCUCUAGUAGUGCCACUGGCAGCCAAAGUGGGACAAUGAGCACGAGUCUCAGUAACAACGCUAUGCAGGGUCAACAGGCGGAGCAGCUGUCCAAAACAAAUCUAUACAUCCGUGGCCUCAAUCAGAAUACGACUGACAAAGACCUCGUUAAUAUGUGUUCUCAAUAUGGAACUAUAACUUCCACCAAGGCAAUUUUAGACAAAAAUACAAACAAAUGUAAAGGUUACGGAUUUGUAGACUUCGAGUCACCGAUGGCGGCAGAGGGUGCUGUCAAAGCACUGGUCGCCAAGGGGAUACAAGCGCAGAUGGCGAAAGUGGGUAUCUGGUUGCUCCGUAGACUGGACAGUGCGUGGUUGUGCAUGCAACAACAGGAGCAGGACCCCACCAAUCUGUACAUUGCCAAUCUACCGUUGACCUUCAAGGAGAAUGACGUCGAGGCGUUACUGGCUCAAUACGGACAGGUCAUUUCAACUCGCAUCCUCCGCGACACUUCGGGUCAAAGCAAAGGUGUAGGAUUCGCAAGAAUGGAAUCUAAAGAAAAAUGCGAGCAAAUCAUCCAGAUGUUUAACGGAAAGGCGCUGCCAGGCGCAAAGGAUCCAUUAUUAGUCAAGUUCGCUGAUGGUGGAAAUAAGAAAAAAUCGUUGUUCAAGAAUACAAUAUGGAGAGAAACCGGAGAAAACAUGACUUUGAAUUACGACACGAGCGGCGUCGGCCAGAACGGCGUUGCUGCGACUCACAUGCUUCCCGCGGCGACCCUGACGCAGUACAGCCGUCACUACGGCCAGGCAUUGCCUGGUUACAGUGUGCCAGGCACUCCCUGGGUGGCACCUUAUCUCGUGCAUCCUUCCCCACCACAUAUGCAACAGGUUGACAUGAUACCGUCGGCCGAUCCUAGCAAUCCGCAGUACAGUAUGAUUCCUCAGAUUACCACGCAGAUGUCUACUUUGCAUCUCGGCACUGGUUCCUACAUAGCGAGCCCGCAUCCCUAUCCUUACACCACUUACCCCGCCCCUAGCAUCAUUCAUACUAUGCCGCUGGGCGAGUCGGAGCAGACGAGUAACGCAGCGUCCCCCGACGAUUCCUAUCAACAAUACCAGGCUCAGCAGCCUAAGUAGGCCACGGUUUACAAUAGAUGUACGAUCGCGCUAAGAGUUAUAUAAGUUAGAAAAAAGGCAUACUGAUUGACGCAUGAAGAGACACGCGUAGAACGAGCGACAGCAACCGACACCGAGCGGAAUUAUACUAAGAAGAAUAUAGAUUUGAAACAAACUACAUUACGUAACGGAUAAGAUUCUUCCUCACGAUAAAUUGACUUGCCAGCGAUGUUUUAUACGUUUUAUCCAUCAGUAAAUAGGGGAAAGUAGUUGAUAUUUUGCAACGAGUAGGCAGAAUGAAUGUUGAAAGAAUGUGAGAGAGCGAAAGAGAGAUAACAUAGAAAUGAAGAAAUAGAAGAGAAGAAACGCAUGAGAGCAAUCACGUGUCAUCCGCGCGGACCAGCAUGUGCUUCCGCACCGAUAUGGCUCCGUUAAAGUUAUCUAUGUAACGGUAACACAUACAAUCCUAUACACACGUAGAUACACAAAGAGAGAACGAUAUACAAUACAUCAAAUACAGUACACACACAUAUACAGUGACAAAAAAACCGAGUUAUUUACGAAGGACAGUUUAGUGUCAAGCUGAUAGGCUUCCAUGAUGUAACUUUAGGUAUUACGUUUACUAAGAACAGAUGAGACAGAAACUGAUCGAAACUGAUCUCGAGAAUUCGAGAGUAUGAAUAAGUAUUUUAACGAGUAAAAGAGAGAAUGAGAGAGUGAGAGAAAGUAUGUGCGUGUGCAAAUUGUAAGGGAAAAAACGAAUAAAGAAGAAGAAAAAGUAAUGCUGCUCAGAAAUAUAUAAAGGAGAAUUCUUCCUAAGGAAAUAAUAGUAAAUAAUAUACGGAGAGAAAAAGAGAGAGGGAGCGAAAGACAGAAUGCGCUACUUCCAGAUGUGUGAUAGGAUUGACAGAUAUAACAUCGAGAGGAGAAAUUCAGAAUUAUGACUGCAAAUCUCGAAAAAGGCGCUCAUUUGCGUAGCCUCUUCGUCGAGAACGUGCUUUUGAAAGCACGCGUCUUCCACGAGAGCGAACUUACACUUCAUCCACAUUAAUAUUUCACAUACAGAUUACGUAGACUAACACAGAAUACACCGACAGAAACAUCAUACAUUCUCAUUGUUCACGAGUUCUCUUUUCGGAUUUUUCUUUUUUUCCGUUUUUGUUAAGAUGUUCAGAGACAUUCCAAGCCGAACAUAUAUCGUCGAGCACAUUGUUGCGUAGAAGUAUCUUUUUAAUUUUUUUUUUUUUGUAACAAUAAAUUAUUACAAUUCAAUCAAAAUAAUUCUUUUCGAACACGCGAAAGAGGAUAAUCAAUUCGUUAUUUUUUUUUAUUUAUUUUUUAUGAAGAUAAUAUUCUGAAAUUGUUCCAUCACGUUUAGAAAAAUUUGUGAUUAAAAAACUAUUUUGUAAUGUGUAUUUUACUGUAUUAUAUUUAAUCCUUAUUGCGCGACAAAAUGUCUGACAUCACAUACGCUAGCAGUAAAUAUGAUAAAAUACAUGAAAACAGCUCGUUUCGGGAAUUUUAAUCAAAUUUCUUAGAAUGUGACAUGAUGGAGCAAUUUGGGAAUCGUAUUCAAUGUAAAAAACGAAAAAAUUGUUAUUCUCUUUCUUGCUUUUUUCUGUUAAUUUGUAGAUAACUUUUUGGAGACAAAUUGGACAAGAGGAAAUACGAUAAAUUUUUUUUGUAAUAUGUGAAAAUUUCAGAGUACAUAUAUACUGGAUAUAAUUAUUGUACGAGGAAGAAAAAGUAGAAUUAUAUUUACGAUGAUUGCGUUACGGAUCAAUAUCGAUUUUUAAUUGUAUAGUUUAAAUACAAUUUUUUUUUAAAUUGUGCCUUUGCAGACAGAUCCGUUACAUGAGAAAGAUAAAGAGAAAGGAAGAGUGCGAAAAGGAAUGAAGAGUAUAAGAAAAGGAUUGUUAAUAUAUUUUUACGUAUCGAUAAAUUCAGAUGCGACGCCAAAUUUGGUUUUCUAGUUAAUAUAUCUGUUUUCACGUUAUAAAUAUCUCUAUAUACAUUUGUUUUCGUUAUCAAUUUGAUAGAUUUUGUACGUGUAAAUGCAUGCAUUAAUCGAACGGAAUUGUCGGACUGUAAGAGGGAAGAAAAAAUAGACACGUACACGUAUAUAUCACGGGCAGUCCAUAAUGAUAAAAAUAAAUAUUUAAAAAAAAAUGAGAGAAAGUCUCUAAAAAAAUCAAAUUGCGACAAAUCGAGGAAUAGAACGCGAGAUAAGGAGAGGAUGCGAGUAUGUCUGAGAUUGAGAGAAAGAUUUAAAAAAAUGAUAAAAGUGGAUUUGUUACACAAGACGAAUAUAAUUAGAGUGUAAAUUAAUUUAUUUUAUCGAGGAAACGCGUGUUACUCUCGGAAAAAAAAGGAUAGACGGGAAGCACGGAUUAAGAUGCAUCGAUCUACAUUCGUACACACAUGUAUACGUAUACACACACACAACACACACACACGCGCGCGCGCGCGCGUGUUCAAACAGAUCGAGUAGAGAGGAAGAGAGUAAUCGAGACGACAUUUUGUCAUCUUUCAAAAUGUUAAAAUUAAUAGUUGUAAAUAAAUCGUAAAGUAACAUCGCGCGAGAAUAUUCGUCAAGAUAAUCAGUAGUUUCGAAGGUUGAAAAUCUUUAGGGCGUUGUUACGCGACUUUACGCGAUAAGUCUGUAUUUACUGAAGUAAGUAUAUUUUGCCAAAAAAAAGGGGGAAAAAUUGGAUUUGCAAAAGUAAAUGAUUUAUAUUAUUUGAAUCCAUUAAAAUCAUCAUAUUGCCCGUUCAA